AUGGAACAACAGGAAAAGGAAUAAGCGUAAAUAAAUAGCAAGUUGCCUCCUAGGAAACCUUCUAAAUAAACACAAGCUAAAUCUAUCAAAAAAGUAGACUUUGAGAAUAAUAAAACAGAGAAUACAUAAACCAUGAGUAUAGGAUCAGGUUGCGACUCAAAUCAAUCGGACUCUGAGGAAUCAGAUACUGAACAUGUAUCAAAGCCAAGCGUUGAUUCAGAAGGAGACGCUAAUUAUGAAAGUGAAUUUGAUUCUGAUGAAGGGUUUUAAGAAGAACUCUCUUCAGAUGAAGAAGAAACAUUUAUGGAAAAGUUUAUGGCUUAAACAUAAAAUUAAAUAUUUUUCUCUAUUCCAAAUAUUGAAGAAAGAGGUAGAAAGAAAAAUAAAAUUGAUCCUGAGCUCCCUCCUAUAGAAAAAAGCUACUCAUUAUUACCAGAUAUGGCUACAGGAUGGAGACCUAAAAUAUUGACUGAAUAAAUCCCUUGCCCUAUACCAUUGUAUUUUGCAGAUAAAAAUUUAAAUAUGAUAACAAAUAAGCUUUAAAGAAUGACAAAAUAUCCUAUCGUUUAUUUAGGAUAUAGACCAAGAACAACAUUUGACGUGCAUCGCUAGUUCUGUGGAAAAGAUACUUAUUCCUUUAAAUUCUCUAGCAUAUUAUUUAAUGAAGAUGUGCUAAAGUAGUUUAGAGUUAAAAUACAGGAUGAUACUGAUACUAUGCAGCAAGUUGACAAUCUUCGCAUUUUUACAGGAAUGCAUCCUGAUUUUAAGAAGAGUUCUUUGAAUUUUGAUUCCUUUUUCGAAGCAGGCAAUCUUGAUAUGGUAGUUAAACUUUCUGAUAUUGAAUAUGAUUUGUAUAUGAGACCCGACACUAAUACUAAAGGGCAUUAAUCAUGGUUUUACUUUAAAAUUUCUAAUACAAAGGCAAACUAAACAGUGAGAUUUAAUAUCUGUAACUUUUAGAAGAAGAGAAGCCUCUAUCAAAGGGGAUUAAAACCUUAUGUUCUCUCAUAAAAGGAUAAAGAUUAGUUUGGAUAAAUUUGGAAAUAAGGAGGAUCUAAUGUUUAUUAUUCAAAAAGAAAAAACAUUAAAUACGACAUGCUUGUCAACUCUUCCAAGCAAUAUUAUCAGAUGACUUUUGAUUACACUUUUGAAUAUGAUAAUGAUGAAGUUUAUUUUGCAGCUCUACCUCCUUAUACAUACUCUGACAUGAGAAAAUUUAUGACAUCUGAUAUUAUAACAUCUAAUAAGCAAUAUUUAAGGGAAGUUAAACUUUGUAGAUCACUUGGAGGAUUGCUAAUACCUCAAAUUAAUAUUACAGAUUAUCAAUCCGAUGAAAUUGCAGUUGAACAAAGAAAGACGUUUAUUAUUUCUUCAAGGAUUCACCCUGGAGAAUCAAUAAGUAGCUUCAUAGCACAAGGAGCUAUCCAAUACUUGUUGAGUGAUGAUGAAUAAAUAAAAGAAUUAAGAAAAAAAGUAAUUUUUAGAAUUAUCCCUAUAUUAAAUGUUGAUGGAACAGUCAUAGGAAACUAUAGGACUAGCUUUUCAGGAUUGGAUCUUAACAGAUAAUUUUCUUAGAGUGAUCGUUAACUUUUACCAGAAGUUUAUCAUCUUAAGAGGAUAGUCAGAAAAGACCAUAAUAUGAACAAUUUAAUUGCAUUUUUCGAUCUACAUGGACACUCAGUUAGGAAAAAUUGCUUUAUAUAUGGACCUUACUUUGCUAAGAAUGAGCUGAACUACUACAAAUCUAAGUUUAUUCCUUAUCUUUUUUCUCUAAGAUCCAAUACUUUCAGAUACAAGUCCUGCAAAUUCACAAACUAAAAUUACAAGAAGGAAACUGCACGCUUGGUAUUUCAUAAGCAGUUUGGAGUUUUUAAUAGCUUCACAUUAGAGGCUUCUUUUGGUUUAAAAGACACCAGCAACCUAUGCGACUAAACUUUUGAAAUAAAAGAUUAUAUGCAAAUUGGUAGAGAUCUUAUACACUCUCUAUCUGAUUACAUACAAAAAAUGGAAAUAUUCAAUAAAGUAAAAGAAAAUUCAGAAUAAAUUAAAUUAAAAUAGGAUAUGGAGAAAGCUAUGAGGAGCCCAGCAUAAAAAGAUCUAGGGAAUUUAAAAAAAUAAAAUUCUAUAUAAAGUAAAAAUAUUUAAUGUCCUCUCAAUCCUUCAAAUACUAAUAGCUAAUCUCUCAACAGUUUUUAAGCUAUCAAAUCUAGAAAAGCUUCUUUACUUGCUCCUAUUAUAGAUAAACAGCCUGAUGAUCAAUCAUUUACAAAUAUUAAAGAGAUAAUAUAGGGUAUCAAAAGCAAGCAUGGAGGCAAGAAGUAUGAAAACGAAUCAGAUAGAUAUUCAGAUGCAAAAAUAGAUAGUGAAGAUUCAGAUGAUGAUUUUAAUGAGGAUGCAAGGUAGGGUAUAAAUGAUGGUAUAAUAAAUUGUGUCUAAAAUUUUAAGAAACAAUUUGUAAAGCCUGCUGAGAGUGUGUAAAGUGCACCAAAAGAGUUAGUAAUAGUACUGAACCAACCUAUCGAAGAAGAUGACAAAAAGAAGAAAAAGAAAAAAAAGAGCUAAAAUCUAAGAAAGGAAGAAAUAAAAUUAAGCAAGCAGUACAAAACAAAGUUUUAAGAAGAUGAUUUAAUGUAGUAAAUAUUUGAAGAUGUAAUAUAAAAUCAGAAAGAAAAUUCGAAUGCUAAAAAGAAUCCUUUUAAAAGUAUAAAUAAAUUUAUAAAGGAGAAUUACAAAGAAGAAGAUUAAUCUUAACAAGUCAUCUUAAUGCCUAGGAUCGAUGCCUUUGGUUCUGGUUCAAAGCUUCUACCUAGUGUCUAAAAGGGGGAUUAUUUGAAUAAUAGCAGUUUUAAUCCAUAUAAAGACACAACUAAUAGAAUGGAGGUUUCCAGUGCUUUAUCAGGUUCAAUUCAAUUACAAAAAUCACAAGACAAAGUCAGUGAUAUUUUUAGUAAGUUUUAUAAUGAUACAGAAAAUAAAAACAUGAACAAGUUAGAUAAAUAAUCUACUUUAAUACCUCCAAAAGAAAGAUCUUUAACUCCUCUUAAUUUAGGUAAGGGAAAUAAUAGUUAGAUUAUUGCAAAUAAUAGCAGCAUGCUUCACACCAAAAAUUUUUAGAACAGAGUAUAGCUUAAAAUGAAUAUCAUAUGCGAAAAAAAUGAUACAAUAAAGUCAAUAAAUGAAAAAAUGAAACAACAGAGUGAAUAAGCUAAAAAUAUUGAUUUAGAUAAAUCAAUUAACUUUUUAAAGCAAUCACAGUAGAAUACAAGUUCAAUUUAGAAUAGUGUUGUUUUUGAUAAAGAGGCAUCCCUCUUUGAUGUGAAGAGUUCAAGCGAUAUCCCAAGCGAAUAUACAAAAGGCUUCUCCGGUAACAUUCACAACUCAAACAAGAAUCCUUAUUAUGUUAAUAAUCCUGUAGUUAAACUCAAAUAAGACUCCACAACUCCUUCAAAUAAAACGGUGAUUGUGCUUAAUUCUUAAAAUAGCAUUGCAAAUGAGAGUAAGGAUGUUUAAAACAUACCAUAGAGUGCUGCUACUAACAUGCACCCAAAAAGGCACUCUGCUAUUGAAAGUAUGAGCGAAGAUAAAAAUAUAGAUGAAAACUAUGUAAAAGCAUAUGGAAAUGUGUUAUAGAACUGUUCUAAUUAGAUUAAAAACGCCUCUAGUGCUUAAACUAUGUCUUCUUGUGUGGUAUAAAUGCCUAAGCUCAAUGAUUAAUAAAGAAAAAAUUCUAGAUCUAAAGACUAAACAAGUAAAAGGCGUAGCAGCUAGCGUAAAGAAUAUGGUAUACCUCAAAAUUUAAUGAAUUAGGUUGAUAAUAAUAAGGACUUGUAUAACUAGCAACUUCCUCCUAGAGACUUUAAAACAGAUAAGAAAAUGAUAGCUAGUGCAAAGACACCAAUUUUGAAUUCCCUUAAAUCAAGUAAUACAAAGAAAAGAGAGUCUUCUUUAGACCUUUAAGUAAGACCAUUUUCUAUAUAAGUUAGUAACAAUCCUAUGUAAAAGUUGGAUGAUUUCAACAACGAAAAUGAGAUAUCUUUGGAUAAUAAGGUCUUUAAGUAAUAUCAGGCUUUCUAGGUGAGACAAAACAAUAAUUAAAGACCAAUAACAUAGUUUAAAGUGAAAAAUAAUAAUAAUACACACAAAUCAUUUAUCAUGUGA